CAGGGUACGGGGCUUAGCGCGCCCGACAGCAGGGCCACAACCUCGCACCUCUCCGCCUCGCUUACCUGAGCGCCGACGAACCUCCUUGUACGGCCACCGUCCACUGCCAACCCGGCCUCUAGCCCUGCCCUACUUCUCUCCCAUUGGCGCGAACUGUUGCCAUGGGGAUAGCUCCCACCCGCCACUCCUGGGUCGUAUCGGCUAUGGCUGCAGGUUUCAUUUCCGGUGCGCACACCGGAAGCGGAUUGCAGAGGCUCUUGGGAGUUGUAGUUUCGGCUGUCGCGGACCGGCGCUAGAGAGUUGUGAGGAGGUCGGUGUCGGGGACCUGGGACCUGCAUCUCUCCAUCCGUGGGAGGCUCCGAGCCGCCGUGAAUCAGAUCUUUUCACUUUGACAGAGAUGUUCUCGCUGAAUUCAUGUAGAAAAGAUUCCAGAGACUUGUUGAAGGAAUUUCCACAGCCAAAAAACUUGCUCAACAGUGUGAUUGGAAGAGCCCUGGGGAUCUCCCAUGCAAGAGACAAACUGGUGUAUAUCCACACUAACGGGCCAAGAAAAAAGAAAGUCACUCUGCACAUAAAAUGGCCUAAGAAUGUGGAAGUGGAAGGCUAUGGGACCAAAAAGAUCGAUGCUGAGAGGCAGGCUGCAGCUGCUGCAUGCCAGCUCUUCAAGGGCUGGGGGUUGUUAGGGCCCAGGAACGAGCUGUUUGAUGCUGCAAAGUACCGAAUCCUUGCUGACCAGCUUGGCUGCCCGGAGGACAGGUGGUGCCCCGAAGGCAGAUGGCGUUCCAAGUCUGGACCAUCUCUGGCUGACUUGUCGACUUGUUGGAGACGGGUGGAACCAGAUGACUCCAUCCAGUCCAUGGAGCAAGGCAGGAUGCCUAAAGCGAUGCGAAGAGAGGAGUUGGAGGAAGGGGAGCUAGAGGAAGGGGAGUUGGAGGAAGGGGAGCUGGAAGAAGACACGAUUGAUGUUACCGAUUACCUAUCUAUGGCACAGAAUGAAGCUCGGACCCCAGCUAGAGACAUGAGGGGAGGGGCCUCUGUUGAAAUGACAGAUGACAACAAUGCCAUCAGGGCUCUGACCCAAUUCCCUCUACCCAAAAACCUUCUGGCCCAGGUGAUUCAGAUUGCAACCUCUUCCUCCACAGUCAAGGAAUUCAUGCAGUUCCGUACCGUGGGCACCAAGACUAAGAUCUGCAAGCUCACUCUGCGCUGGCCCUGCCCGAUGACCUUCGCUGCCAAGGGCCGCCGCAAGGUUGAGGCCGAGAACAAAGCAGCAGCACUGGCCUGCCAGAAAUUGAAGAGCCUUGGCUUAGUGGACAAGAACAACAACCCACUGAGCCACGCCAUGUACAACAUGACGUCCCUCAGGGAGCUGGGUGAGAAUCAGAGGAGACCCUGCCACAUCAAGGUCCCUGAGGCCACCCUGCGUAAGAUCGAGAACUACCUGAACCAUUACCCGGUGGACUCGAGGGAAUCCAGGCCUCGGAUUGCUGACGACAUGAUGAACCUGAGUAAAGAGUCUGGUGCUAUCAGUGAUGCCAUCACAGGGAAGACGUACACUCCCAUGUCAGAAGGGGAGGAAGUGCGCCUUAGCCAGAACCUCCUGGCCCUUUGGAAGAGGAGGGGUUCAUCGUGGCCAGAAAGCCAUCAGCUGCCUGUGGAUCCUCACAAGGACACUAUUUUGUCGGCCAUUGAGCAGAAUCCUGUGGUGGUAAUAGCAGGAGACACUGGCUGUGGGAAAACCACCCGGAUCCCUCAGCUGCUGCUGGAGCGUUACAUCCUGGAGGGGCGCGGUGCCCGCUGCAAUGUGGUGAUCACCCAGCCAAGGAGGAUCAGCGCCAUCUCGGUCGCCCAGCGGGUUGCGCAGGAGCUGGGUCCCAACAUGAGGAAGAACGUGGGCUACCAGGUGCGGCUGGAGAGCAAACCACCAGCCCGGGGAGGAGCCCUGCUCUUCUGCACGGUGGGCAUCCUCCUGCGAAAGCUGCAAGGGAACCCCAGCCUGGAGGGCGUCAGCCAUGUGAUUGUGGACGAGGUCCAUGAGCGGGACGUCAACACCGACUUCCUGCUUAUCCUGCUGAAGGGCAUCCAGAAGCUCAACCCCGACCUGCGCCUGGUCCUGAUGAGUGCCACAGGGGACAACCAGCGCUUCUCGCAGUACUUUGGGGACUGCCCCGUAGUCAAGGUGCCAGGUUUCAUGUACCCAGUGAAGGAAUAUUACCUGGAAGAGAUCCUGGCCAAGCUGGGCCGUCACAGACACCGGCACUACGAGGUGAAGCAAUCAGAUGAUGAAUGUGUCCUCGACCUUGAGCUGAUCACUGACCUUGUGCUCCAGAUCGAUGCCCAUGGAGAGCCAGGUGGGGUCCUCUGCUUCCUUCCUGGCUGGCAGGAGAUCAAAGGAGUGCAGCAGCGCCUGCUGGAAACACUCGGCUCUCAGAACAGCCGGUACCUUGUCUUACCAGUGCACUCCAACAUCCCCAUGAUGGACCAGCAGAACAUUUUCCAGCGGCCCCCACCUGGAGUGAGAAAGAUCGUCCUGGCUACCAACAUUGCUGAGACCUCCAUCACCAUCAAUGACAUUGUGCAUGUGGUAGACAGCGGCACUCACAAGGAGGAGCGCUAUGACCUCAAGACUAAGGUCUCCUGCCUGGAAACGGUGUGGGUGUCAAAGUCAAACGUCGUGCAGAGGCGAGGGCGUGCUGGCCGCUGCCAGUCGGGCUUUGCCUAUCACCUCUUCCCUCGCAGCCGCCUGGACAAAAUGCCCACUUUCCAGGUCCCUGAAAUCCUGCGCACUCCCCUGGAGAACCUGGUGGUGCAGGCCAAGAUCCACAUGCCAGAGAAGACGGCAGUCGAAUUCCUCUCCAAGGCUCUGGAUAGCCCUGACAUCAAAGCUGUGGAUGAAGCAGUGAUCCUCCUGCAGGAAAUUGGAGUGCUGGAUCAGAGGGAAGCCCUCACCACGCUGGGCAAACGCCUGGCCCAAAUCUCCACAGACCCUCGACUGGCCAAAGCCAUUGUCUUGGCAUCCAUCUAUCGCUGCCUUCAUCCGCUGCUCGUCAUCGUCUCCUGCCUCACUCGGGACCCCUUCAGCAGCAGCCUACAGAACCGAGCGGAGGUGGACAAGGCGAAGGCUGUUUUGAGCAGAGAGAGUGGGAGCGAUCACCUGGCCUUUGUCAGGGCUGUGGCAGGCUGGGAGGAGGUGCUGAGGCGCAGAGAUAGCCGUGCCAGAGAUAACUACCUGCAGGACUACUUCCUCUACGCCCCCAGCCUGCGCUUCAUCAAUGGCCUUGUCAAGCAGUUCUCUGAGAACAUCUACGAAACCUUCCUGGUGUCAGCGCCCGCAGACUGCACCAUGCCCUCUGCGGCCUGCAACCAGUACAGCGAGGAGGAGGAGCUGGUGAAAGGCGUCCUCAUGGCCGGCCUGUACCCCAACCUCAUCCAGGUGAGACAAGGCAAAGUGACCCGGCAGGGAAAAUUCAAGCCCAACAGUUACUCUUAUCGGACAAAGGCUGGCACCGUCCUGCUUCACAAGUCGACCAUCAACAGGGAGGCCUCUAAGCUCUACAGCCGCUGGCUGACUUACUUCAUGGCGGUGAAGUCCAACGGUGGGGUCUUCGUGCGGGAUUCCUCCCAGGUCCAUCCACUGGCUGUUCUGCUCAUGACUGACACGGACAUCCAUGUCCGAGAUGAUGGCUGGCGGGCAACAGUCUCUCUGACUGACAGUGACCUUCUGGUGCUGGAAGGAGACUCGUACACAAUCCGCCUCUUGCGUGAUUUCCGUGUGUCACUCUCCAAGAUGGUGGAAACCUGCCUGUGUUAUGAAAUGUCUGCUAUCCCGGGGGACCUGCACCAUCAACACAGCCAGCUGCUUGACAUCUUGGUGGAUCUGCUCAAGGGACCUCCUGGCAGCUUUGGCGCCUAGAUAGAGGUGGAGGAUUGAGCGUGGGGACUUGUAAUUUGUAUAAAGAUGUUCACAAAUGUUUAUUUAAAUAAAGUUCUAUUUAUCCCUUGUGAAGUCAUCUCUCUCCAUCCUAGAAGAUCAGUGUUGUCAGAAUCUCCUGCUGUUGGCUCCGGGCAUGGUCAUCGUGUAGGAGGAACCAGCACCGCCCUGGCGUCGGCCGCUGCUGAGGCACAGAGAAUGGACUGGAAGUGCUGACGCCCCAGAGUUCAAUGGAAAGCCACUUCCUCUGUUCCAAAGGUCGUCGUAGCCCCUGAACUGGAAAGGAAUCGACAUGGCUGACUCCUGCAACCCUUCCGUUGCCUCCACCCUGCGGGGCAUGCCCAGAGCAGCUCUCAGCAUAGGCAGAAGAUGGACUUUCAGCUCAUGGCCGUGCCUGCACUGAGGGUCGGGGCCAGCCAGAGUGGAGCUGGCAGCUUUGCUGCAGGGUGGUGGUUUGUCGUCUUAACUUUCCACUUGCUGAGCCCAGUCUGAAGAGGCAGGAGGGAGAGCGAGCCCUGGAAGGGGCUGGACCCAACAUUCCAUGCAGAGGGCAUCUCUGAGCCUGUAGCGGCUAGAGGCGGUUUCCUCCUGCACAAAUCAAGCUGUGUUGGCAUUAGGAGUGUGAGAUGUCGUGUAGUUUCUAUCUGCCUGUAUUUUUGUCCUUUUUUGCUUUUUAUUUUUUUAAAUUUCUUGUUCUCCCUCUGUCAAGGAGGCCAGCUCCCUGUAACCUGUGCAACCCAUAAAGCGAUUGCAGAUGCCACUCAUUUUGGUAGCCCGUCUCCUUGAGUAAUGCUAAUCCCUGUUUUUCUAUGAUCUGGGACCAGAGUAGCACAGAAGCAGGGUUCUGUGACUAACGCACAACGUUCUGAGGCACGAGCUCUCAUCCCAGCUCUGUCUCAGUUCCCUGUCUGUCGAAGAUAGCAACCUACCUCACAGGGCUGUUGUGAGGAUAAAUUCACUCAUGUCUGUAAAGUGUGUGAGACGGGUAGCUGGAGAGUGCUACAGCUGAGCUGGUAUCUGACAGUGGCUUUGCAGGUGAUGUCUGUUAUGCUGGUGAAAGUCCUGUAUCCUAACAUUGCAGGAGCCUGCUUUCUAGUACUACUGCUGAUUUGCCCACCAGGGAAGUGAAAGGUGGUCACUGGACUUGCAAUUUAUUUUUAUUUCUACUGCUCUUUGUAACUAAAAAGAGAUUAACAUUACCCUAAUUGCAGCUGGCAGAGGCAUGUGUGUGAUGGCCCAGAGUCUAGUUUAUGUACAGGGCACAGUAUUGUAACUGGAUCCUGUUACACUUCUAAUUGGGCUGGUAAUAAGCCACUAGGAGCUCCAUCCUCCCACACAGGAGCCAGCAGCUUUCCUGGUGUGAAAUAACUACAGGAGCAAAAACUAGCCUCUCAUUGCCUUCAGUGCUUGCACUGGGCUAUAACUGAAGUGGAGACAUGAAGCAGCCCCUUGCCAGUGUAAUUGAAGUACUCCCUCGGGUGCAGUGGAGAUGGAAUCACUCUGCUCUAGCUGUGGGCUGAAGCACAGGGGUGGGAAAGCUCACUGGAGACCUGGAUCAGAUGUCAUUGUUGGCAGUGAGCUCCAGAGAGAAGUUACUCUAGCUUCAGCCUCUCUUCAAGUAACUUUGUUCAGAACUGCAGCUGAGGGAGGGGCUGUCUGAGGCAGCCUGGUGGUCCUGGAGCCAUGCAAAACUUUUCAUCUACAUUUCACUUGCUUGAGAGGUUGUCACAAUAAUUUGACCAGUGUUUUACUUUUUCAGCCUGUACAAUAAACAGUAUGGUUUUUCCCCUUCCAGCAGGUAAAAAAAAAACAAGCUAUUGUCUAAAUGGUUCAGAACUAGUGUGAUAUUGGGAUACUUCAGUGGCUGUUAUGUGAUACUGGAUCUUUUUACAACAUUAGAUAAAAGACAAUAAAAAGGGAUAGAGUAGUAA